CAGUUGCUUAAAAGUAGGAUAUUCUGGGAGAACUGAGGCACAAUCAGCUGAGAAUCACAAGAGACUGAGAUCACUGGCACAGGACGAGACUACAUUGGUGAUGUCUUACGAACCUCCUCCUGUUCUGAUCAUUUCAGAAGAUGAUGCCUGGGAUAUUAACUCAACCACAUAUGCAGACUGUGGGCACUUUGUGGACUGGGACCGAUUUCCCUCUGUCACAGAGGAAAGGAGGAGCCCUUCCCCUCAGGAGCUGCCCCACAGUCACAAAGAGCUCAAGAGAAUGGCUAGAGAAGGUCAUUGGGCCAGCAGGCAAUGCCUAAGAGCUAAGGCGUACAACCAUAUCAUCAAAAACAUCCGCUGUCGCUCAGGGACCCCAGAUGCCAGUGUGUAUCAUGAUGUGUCUGAAAGGCUGUUUGGAAGACGAGAUAUAAAGGAUCACCCCUUGCCGGAUUUUUUGGACGGUUGCCUUCCCCCUGCAUAUUGCCUCAAUGCUCAAGGGGAGACAGUCGUUAAAAAGAUUCUUAUAUGUAUUGGAAACCAGUAUCCUGAUAUCACUUAUUCACCCUCCUUGCCUCCUGUUGUGGCCCUUUUGUUGCAUUUCAGUGAAAAUGAGGCUGAGUGCUUUGAGAGGGCCUGCCGACUCAUCUCGUGUACAGAAAACCACAAGUGUUAUGUUGACCAAAGCUUUCUGGCCUAUGAGGCCUCGUGUAUGACCUUUGGGGACCUAGCAAAAAAGUACUGUCAGGCUGGACACAAGUUUAUUACCACUAGCUGUGAGAACUCUGCUGAGGUCUUCUCUGACUGGAUCAUGUGGAUCUUUGGAUCUUUGCCCUUCGAGUACACCAUUCGAGUAUUUGACAUCUUUCUUCUUGAGGGUAAUAAGGUUUUGUACCGUGUUGCCUUAGCUCUGCUGAAGCAUUACAGGAGCCACGUGGACCAUGAGGUUACAGAUGUCCGUUCAGAUAUCCAAGACUUUGUAAAAAACAUCUCCCACCAUUUGUCGGUGCAAAAGCUUUUGGAGAGGGCAUUCAGCAUUAGACUCUUCUCACACAAGGAGCUUUGGCUUCUGCAACUGGCGAACAGGAAAGCCCUGUCCCAGAGAGGAAUAACUGUAAUGCAGCCGAGGCAACCUGCCCACAUGGCUGUCAACCUGCUUGAUUUUAAUUCUGUGAUUGUCACAGCCCAGGAGAUAAAGGUCAUUUGGUCAUGGAUCCCAGAAAGAUUUUCUCUGUACCCCCCAGUUCUGCUCUUCUCCACUAUGGAGCAUGGAUACAGCCUUCAGAGGUUUUAUUCUCACUGUGAAGGCUUCGAGCCCACAAUUCUACUCAUCAAGACUACAGGAGAAGAGGUCUGUGGAUCCUUUCUCUCGUCAGACUGGAACGAAAGGAGGAAAUGUUCUGGACAAGUGGCAACAUAUUUUGGGACAGGAGAAUGUUUCGUAUUUAGUGUGAGACCAGAGAUGGAAAGAUACGAGUGGGUAGUGGUGAAGAAGCAAGAUUUGGUGAAGUCAGCCCCUCCAUCACCCUUCUCCCGACCCCGCUCUUACUCUCAUGGAUCCCGAGUCUCAACAUUUCCACUGCGUCCAUCAUCCCCAACACUUUCUUCUGCACCCAGCAGCCCAUCACCCUUGCGUAAUUACCUGACAGUCCCUGGAGAUGGCUCCUGUGAACAGCUGUCUCCCUUUCUGUCCGUCAGGCACUUCCAGCUACCAACCAAAACUGCCUCCAUGUUUAUGUCUGGGAACAACAGUGGCAUUAUAAUUGGUGGUGGAGGCGGUCAAGCUCUAAAUAUUGAUGCUGACCUGAAUAUUGGGAGGACAGAGCACUGCGAAACAUUUGAUAACCCUCCUCUUUGCGAGGAAAACUUCCACAUUCAGCACUUGGAGGUUUGGGGGUGCCAGAUUUCAUGAUCCAGCUCUGGGAAACAAAACAGCAUCAUUCCAACCAAAGGAAUCUCUAGGGAAGUGGUUUCCAAACUGUGGGGCUCCCUCCCCAGGGGAAUCUGGAGCCUUUGUUGGGUGGAGCCAGUCUAAAGGGCUGAAUGCCCAGCUUGAUGGUCAAUUGGAGUAUAAUUUCAGGGGACCACUUAGGUGCUGCCCAAGAUAUCCUUGCUACUCUGCGCAAAUGGCUGAUUACAGUGAUAUCUUUAACCUUGUUAUAAUCUAUGAGAGCAUAUAAAAAGUCUUGAAAUCACUGCUUGGUGUCUGCACAGAUAUAUAAGGGACAUAUUAUCUGGAACCAUUUGUGCUGUACAAUUUAUAUCACAGUACAAUCCUAAGAAAUGCAAUCCUAUCCCCCUUCUUAUGCUACAGAUACACCUCUAAACCACCAAAAGGAGCAGAAAGGUAAAUUGCCCCCAUGUGAGAUCUCAAGGCUUAUCUCGAUUGCUGAACUAAUCUUCCCAGGGCCCCUUGGCAGUACAUUAUGCUGAGAGUUGCAGCUCUGAUGAGAAAGCCACUUUUAUGACUGGAAAUGUAAUUUUAUAUCAUGUAUUGCUGUCUUCCCAUCACCAAAAAUACCCUUCAUUAUAAUUAUAGCUAUUUUACCACCCCCUAGCAUUAUCACACCACCAUUAAGAAUGACUGCUACACCCAUAGAUGGCACAAAUCUACAAUCUUAGUUUUAUAUAUCAGAAGCUUUAACUUUCUCCAUUUACUGCACCCCAGGAUGGAAGAGCACAUCAUUAUCAUGAGCCACACCCACCUUUGAUUAUUAGUGCUUACAUUUGUGCAUGUGUAUGCUUUUAAAUAGAAAACCAAUCAUUGGCUUCCCUGUGAAAUAAACAAAGUCCAGCCUUGAGCCAACUCCUCUAUGGAGCAAGGUAGGGGGCGAUAUAGGGCAGUGUCCCAAUGAGAAAGCUUGCUGUUUCAUAUGCUGAGCAGAGAGUAUCCAGUGGCAGAUUAAUGAGAGGGGGCCCUUAGGCUACAUUCACAUGGGCCCCUCUUCUAGGCUAUUGCUGGGUUUGAAUGUGUGCACCCGAGCUCUCUAUACCAGGUCAGGUUUGGUGCAACUAGACUUACGUUUAUCUAGUUGCACACGCCUUACCUGCCUUCUUCUCCCAGCAGGUGUGCCCAACUGGACCAAGCAGCACAAAUAAAAAGAUUUGAAUAUUAAAAAAAAAAAAAUGAAAUAAUAAUUGAAAAAAAAAAAAUAGAAAGAUCCUGAUCACACUGGGACCCUAGGUGUCCGUCUAUAAGAUGUAGUUCAGCUGUAACCUAUACAUACAAUUAUAUUGCCCACUGCCGAGAUCCAACGUGCUGCAUAAAAACGAAGGCGUCACGUUGGAUGCGACAAAAAUACGGUAAGUAAUUCUAUUGUUGGAUCAUGUCGCAUUGUGGAUGUGACGCGACACGACUGUCGGAUGCAGACGCAGCGUGCAGCGCGUCGGAUCGCGUCAGAAUCGUCCGUGGAGUCCUGACCUUAGACUCCACUUUGUACAUUAUGUCUGAUUUGCUGUAUCACAUCCAUAGACAGACCGCGUUACUGCAUUCUGAGCUACUUUCAUUCAUUAGCUUUCUUAUUUUUCCUUUGAUAUUUUGUCGGAUGUUUGGCUAAUUAGUUUUACCAAAGAUGAAAAAUAAAGUUUUUUUCUUUUAACAAA